CCUGCCCUGCCACAGUACGUGCCUUUCUUCUUCCUUCGGCGGUGGAUGAAUGGAGGAAGGUGAGCGGGCUCUGAUCAGAGGGAGACUCACGGAGGGAAUCCGAGAGAAUGUGGGGCCAGCAACAUGGACAGGGAAGGUGGGAAGCCCGUGGCUGUUGUCGCAGUUGUGACUGAGCCUCGAUUUACCCAGCGAUACAGGGAAUAUCUCGAGGAGCAGAAACUCCUGGAUAGACAGCACCGCGUGGAAAAGCUGCCGGAUGGCACCGUGGCGCUCCCCGUGCUGGGAGAGGCCGUCCCUGAGCAGCACCUGCGGGAGCUGAGGAAUCGUGUGGCCCCAGGCAGCACCUGUAUGCUAACGCAGCUCCUGGAUCCUGUUCCUUCAAAGAAGGCCCAGGGUUGUUCACCUGCCCAAAGGCUGUGUCUCGAGGUGAGUCGCUGGGCAGAGGGCCGGGGAGUGACGUGGUCAGCGGAGUUGGAGGAUGAUUUGCCCCGAUCUUGGCAACGGCAUGGUAACCUCGUGUUGUUGAGUGAGGACUGUUUCCAAGCCAAGCAAUGGAAAAAUCUGGAACCAGAACUCUGGAAGACUGUUGCCUCGGCACUUGGCGUCCAGCGUUUGGCCAAACGAGGGCGGGUAUCACCGGAUGGUACUCGAACUCCAGCAGUGACUCUGCUGCUGGGUGACCGUGGCUGGGUCGAGCAUGUGGACAAUGGAAUCCGAUAUAAGUUUGACGUGACCCAGUGCAUGUUCUCCUUCGGAAACAUUACUGAGAAACUUCGAGUGGCAUCGCUGCCCUGUGCUGGAGAAGUGCUGGUGGAUCUCUAUGCAGGGAUUGGUUAUUUUACAUUGCCAUUCCUAGUUCAUGCUGGUGCUGCUUUCGUCCAUGCCUGUGAGUGGAACCCCCAUGCUGUAGUCGCUCUGAGAAAUAACCUUGAGAUCAAUGGAGUAGCAGAUCGGUGCCAGAUACACUUUGGGGAUAACAGAAAACUAAAGCUCUCCAGUAUUGCAGACAGGGUGAAUCUGGGACUGAUUCCCAGCUCUGAAGAAGGCUGGCCCAUUGCCUGCCAGGUGCUCCGACAGGAUACUGGGGGCAUUUUGCAUAUCCACCAAAAUGUGGAAUCUUUCCCAGGGAAGAAUCUUCAGCCUCUUGGAAGCAAUGAAGUGGAGAAGGAGCAUUGGCCUUAUCCUCAGCAAAUUACCACCAACCAAUGGAAAAAUGGGGCUACCAGGGAUUCCAGGAGAAAAAUGCCGUCAGCAGCCACCAAGCCAGAGUGGCAAAGGUGGGCGGAAUCUGCAGAAACUCGCAUUGCCACUCUUCUUCAGCAGGUGCAUGGGAAACCGUGGAAGACACAAAUCCUGCUCAUCCACCCAGUGAAAUCCUAUGCUCCCCAUGUGGAUCACAUAGUCGUCGAUCUGGAAUGCCGCCCCUGUCCUCUAGUUGGCUAGAGAAGGUGGAUCCUGAGACACAAGGAUCUACGUGUGAGUGAUCCUUGAUGCAUCAGCUCAGGCCGGUUCUCAUCCCCCUUGUCUCCUGGUAAUCUAUUUUAAUAUUUUGUGGCCCUGAAAGCAGGGCCAAAACCAGUCCAGAUCAUUUCAUUUAUCUUCCAUUAACAUGUUGAGAAUGCCUACAUAUCUGGGAGAAGCAGUGUGGUCAUUGAAAUGAGGCCCAUCUGUGCAAACAUGAAUUCCGACUUCUGACCUCCGUCCUAUCUGACCUUGGGGACAAGUUUCCAAUAUUCUUUGGGCUUGGAUUUCCUCAUUUGCAAAAGGAGGGUUUCUUUGAACUGUCUCACAUGGCUAUUAUCUAAUAAGCUGUUGUACACGGGGCAUUGGUUAUUUUAGAGUGAAAGACAUGUGCUGUUUCCAAAAUCACUCCAGCUACAAUAUGGAAAAUCAACUGGAGGGGAGCCAGGAUGGAAGCAGGGAGACCAAUGAGGAGGUUGUCCAGGCAUGAGAUGAUGGUAGCUUGGACUAGGGUGGUGGCAGUGGGAGGGUGGAUGGCUUUGAGAAAUAAAAUUGACGGGACUAAGUAAUGGAGUCCAAAUCAAAGCAUUAAAAUAGUGCUGCUUUGUUAGUAUGAAUGGCUAAAUUAGGGAGGGAAGAGGGCAAAAAUUACUCUUGUGUAUGAACUCCAUUCCCCUACUUGAGCAUUCUUAAAUGAGUGUGUGCAUAGGGAGGAUGUCUUAUAUAUUACGUAUAUUGUGGUAGAAAAA